AUGAACACCAAAGGCGUCGAUUUUGCCUCCGACAAAGUUCUAGCGAGUCGGUUUCUUUCCGAAUUCGCAGACGCUAAUGGCGAAGCCAAGUACAUCAACAUCCUGCAAGAUGUUGCAAACCACAAAACUCGAUCUGUUGAGAUUGAUCUUGACGACUUAAUGAGCUACAAGGAUCUAGAUGAGGAAUUUCUGACGCGAGUUACUGAGAAUACCAGGAGAUAUAUAGGGAUUUUUGCUGAUGCGAUUGAUGAGCUCAUGCCAGAGCCUACUGAGGCGUUUGUUGAUGAUGAUCAUGACAUUUUGAUGACUCAGAGAUCUGAUGAAGGAACUGAAGGUGCUGAUGGUUCUGACCCGCACCAGAAGAUGCCUCCUGAAAUCAAACGCUUUUUUGAGGUUUAUGUUAAAGCAUCUUCAAAAGGACGGCCGUUUACAAUUAGGGAGGUGAAGGCUUCAAACAUUGGCCAGCUUGUAAGAUUAGCUGGUAUAGUCACUCGAUGCUCUGAUGUCAAACCAUUGAUGCAGGUUGCUGUGUACACCUGUGAGGACUGUGGCUUUGAAAUUUACCAGGAAGUAACAGCUAGAAUAUUCAUGCCUUUGUUUGAGUGUCCAUCAAGGCGCUGUGUCAUGAACAAGAGCAAGGGUAAUGUCAUCCUUCAAUUGAGAGCAUCAAAGUUUUUGAGAUUUCAAGAGGCCAAAAUUCAAGAGUUAUCUGAACAUGUUCCAAAGGGUCAUAUUCCACGAACAAUGACUGUUCAUCUUAGGGGAGAACUAACUAGAAAGGUAUCUCCUGGUGAUGUUGUUGAACUAUCUGGGAUUUUUCUUCCUAUACCUUAUGUUGGUUUUAGAGCAAUGCGCGCUGGCCUUGUUGCCGAUACAUACUUAGAGGCCAUGUCUGUGUCUCAUUUUAAGAAAAAAUAUGAAGAAUAUGAACUUAGAGGAGAUGAGGAAGAGCAGAUUAAACGUUUAGCAGAAGAUGGUGAUAUCUAUGAUAAGUUGGCAAGGUCACUAGCUCCUGAAAUUUUUGGACAUGAAGAUAUUAAGAAAGCACUGCUGCUGCUUCUUGUUGGUGCACCCCACCGGCAAUUGAAAGAUGGAAUGAAGAUCAGAGGAGAUCUACAUAUAUGUUUGAUGGGGGACCCUGGUGUUGCCAAGAGUCAGCUUCUUAAACACAUAAUCAAUGUAGCACCCAGGGGUGUAUACACCACUGGAAAAGGAAGUAGUGGAGUUGGACUAACUGCUGCUGUUCAGAAAGAUCCAGUGACAAAUGAGAUGGUUUUGGAGGGUGGAGCAUUGGUGCUAUCAGAUAUGGGCAUAUGUGCCAUUGAUGAAUUUGACAAGAUGGAUGAAUCGGAUCGUACAUCUAUACAUGAAGUUAUGGAACAACAGACUGUUAGCAUUGCCAAGGCUGGGAUCACUACAUCACUGAAUGCAAGGACUGCUGUCCUUGCUGCAGCUAAUCCAGCAUGGGGAAGAUAUGAUCUAAGAAGAACUCCUGCUGAAAAUAUAAAUCUUCCACCUGCCCUCCUAUCAAGGUUUGAUUUACUGUGGUUAAUUCUAGAUCGAGCUGAUAUGGAUAAUGAUCUUGAAAUGGCAAGGCAUGUUGUCUAUGUCCACCAAAACAAAGAGUCCCCCGCACUAGGAUUCACUCCUCUUGAACCAUCUGUUCUACGUGCAUACAUAUCAACUGCUAGAAGGUUGUCUCCUACUGUCCCAAGGGAACUGGAAGAGUACAUUGCCAGUGCUUACUCUAGCAUUCGGCAAGAAGAAGCUAAAUCCACCACUCCACAUUCCUAUACGACUGUCAGAACAUUGCUCAGCAUUCUCCGCAUAUCAGCUGCCCUAGCAAGACUUCGCUUUGCUGAAACUGUUGCUCAGAGUGAUGUGGAUGAGGCUUUGAGGUUAAUGCAGAUGUCAAAAUUCUCUUUGUACUCUGAUGACCGUCAAAGAUCUGGUCUGGAUGCUAUAUCUGAUAUUUAUUCGAUACUACGUGAUGAAGCUGCUAGAAGUCACAGAAUGGAUGUCAACUAUCGUGAUGCAUUGAAUUGGAUAUCUCGGAAGGGGUACAGCGAAGCCCAGUUGAAAGAGUGUUUAGAGGAAUAUGCAGCAUUGAAUGUAUGGCAGAUACAUCCUCAAACCUUCGAUAUUAAAUUUAUCGAUGCUUGA